AUGCGGGCUGACACAAGUGAUCAGGUUGACAGCAAUGGUCACAAUAAUUGUACAAAUUGUGACGAGGUGCUGGUGGCCGUACGGGAGGGCGUACUGAGAGGCAGCACAGCCACGAGCGCCUACAACACGACGUACUCCGCCUUCCUGGGCAUUCCGUACGCCGAGCCGCCGGUCGGCGACCUGCGCUUCGAGGCGCCACGACCAUUAACUGGCUGGGAGGGCGUGUUCAACGCCACAGAAUACGGAAGCGACUGCGUGCAAGAGGACGGCACCGGCUCUGAAGACUGCCUCUACCUGAACGUGUACGUGCCCGGUGUUCCGGAGGAGGGCGCAGCGCUGCCCGUUAUGUUCUGGGUGCACGGCGGGGGCUUCUCACGCGGCAGCGGCGCUGGCCUAAAGUUCGGGCCUGAUUUUAUCGUCUCAUAUGGAGUCAUACUGGUCACUGUCAACUACCGAUUGGGUCCGCUCGGCUUCCUGAGUACAGGUGACCAGGUUGUUCCUGGCAACGCUGGCCUCAAGGACCAGCAGCUGGGGCUCUCCUGGGUGCAGCGGAACAUCGCCAGCUUCGGCGGGGAUCCACAGCUUGUGACGCUCUUCGGUCAGAGCGCUGGAGGGGUUUCUGUUUCACUGCAUCUCAUGUCACCUGGAUCUGCAGGUCUGUUCUCGCGGCUGGUGGACCAGAGUGGCACCUACAUAGCCGGCAUGUCCGUGGUACGGGAUCCCCGAUACCACGCCUUCAGACUGGGCUCCGUUCUCGGCUACGAAGCUGAAAACGCACAGCAGCUGGUGCAGUUCUUACGCUCUGUUAAAGCCACUGACCUGCUGGUGGAGGAGUCGCUCUUAAUGACAGAUGAGCAAAAUCUCUACUUCUCAUACAAUGUAUGGUCCCCCAACACCGAACCGGACGUCGAAAGUGCAUUCAUAUCAGAGUCUCCCAUUCGUGCCCUGAAUGAAGGUCGCUUUAACCACGUGCCUGUCAUGACUGGCGUGACCUCGGCUGAGACGGGUGCUGAAGUUCUAAAUAAGUCAGAUCUUAUAAUUAACCUGAAUAAAACAUUCGAAAAAGUUGUGGGACCUUGCUUACAUUUGCCGACAAUAGAAGAACAGACUCAAGCUGCAGAAAAGCUUAGGAAUUUCUAUUUUGGAAAUGAAACAAUCACUACCGAUUAUCCGGAACCGUUGGUUCAGCUUGAUGAAGAUUUAAAUUUCUUCAACCCCACUGAUGCGCUGGUCAGAAGAAUAACGGAAGUAACUAACCUGUCAGUUUACUAUUACGAGUUCGAUUAUCAUUCAGAUGACAGUUUCGUGAACGAAUUUGGAGUUGCACAUGCCGGUGAGCUACAAUUCCUCUUCCUGCGAAGGGAUCUGGAUAUUAAUUACAAUUUUGAUCCGAAAUCAGAAGAGGAUCAAGUACGAAGGAACAUUCUGCGCUUCUGGACCAACUUUGCAAGAUACGGAAACCCGACGCCAUCUGCAGAUCCUGUGAUCUGGGAGCCCUAUGACACGACGAGGAGAAGUUACCUUCUGAUACAAGCCAACAUCACUCUCAGUCACGACAAGGACAGGGACCGCAUGGACUUCUGGGACGAGAAUGUGCCGCUGCAACCGUUCCCUGGGACAUAA